CCGCGUGACCCCGGGGGUCACGUGACGCGCGCCGAGCCUCUCAAGAUGGCGGUCUGCGUAGCGGUGAUCGCCAAGGAGAAUUACCCCCUUUACAUCCGCAGCAUCCCCACGGAGAAUGAGUUGAAGUUCCAUUACAUGGUGCACACAUCGCUGGACGUGGUGGAUGAGAAGAUCUCCGCCAUGGGGAAGGCCCUGGUGGACCAGCGGGAGCUCUACCUGGGCCUGCUGUACCCCACAGAGGACUACAAGGUCUACGGCUACGUGACCAACUCCAAGGUGAAGUUCGUCAUGGUGGUAGACUCCUCCAACACGGCCCUGCGGGACAAUGAGAUCCGCAGCGGCCUUCGACGGCAUGGUGACGUCCAUGAUGAUCCAGGUCUGCUGACAAGAGAAGCGGCUGCUCGUUGCGUGGCCUUUACCCUCCCGUCUAUCGCUUCUGUGUCUCCUUGCGUGUCCUGGCCGCGCAGGCGCGUGUCCACUAAAGUCGUGUAAGGUUAGAGUUGGCUUCUUUCUUCUGUAUCAGCAGAGGAUUUGACACUGGGCUUUU